CACCACACCAACAACACCGCACCUCCACCCCUCCCUCACCCCCACAACCCACACCCUGCACACAACCCAAAUCCUCACCUCCACCAAAAUGCACACCAAAAUCACCACCCUCCUCACGCAACUAAAGUCCUUCUCCUUCUCCGCCCCCGCAGCGAAACCCGUUAUCGUGAUAGCGUGGGCGAAAGCGAAGAGUGCGGGGAAGCUGGUUAGUGUGGUGGAGGUUGUGAAGAGGGAGUUGGAGGGGGAGGGGGGGGUGUGGUUUCAGUAUAAUGGGCUUGGGGAGGGGUUUGCUGGGGUGCCACGAGAUGGGGGGGGUGAGGGGGAGGGGGAUGGAGGGGAAGCGAAGGGGGGGGAUGGGGAUGUGGAAAUGGAAGAUGAGGGGUUUGAGAAGAUGAAGACGAGGAUUGAGAGGGCGAUUGAGGGGACGGAGAAGGUGAGGAGUGUGCCUGUUAUGACGGUUUAUUUGUCGAGGGUUAGGGUGGAGGCGUUGAGGGAGGCUUAUGGGGAGCAGACGAAUUCAAAGAGGUGAAUGACGACUGGUGGGAAGAUCGAGUGGCGGAAUAUAUAUACCAGAGGUGAUAACCUGGAUGAGACGAGGAGAGGAAAGAUCGGUGGAUUCUGUGGGAAGAUGGUAUAUGGAUGUACUGCAUCCCCAGAAGAUAUACGCAGCACACAGACGGAUACUGAGGGAGGAUAUAAUAUGGUACUGAGAGGGAGGGUGUAAUAUGGUGCCAAGAGGGAGGGUAUGAUAUGAAUACACAGCAGAUGGAGGAGGAUAUAUAUACAUUAGAGCCUAAUACCCCAUCACCUUGCAACCACACAAUGCACCUAGAGCCUAUAGCAAGCAGUCCACACAUCACACAAAAUAAACACCAUCCAUUGUCAACCACAAUUCAAUUUAAUUUCGCC